AUGAAAUUCUUUUCGGUAAUAGUUAUUCUUGUGUCAAUCGGCAGCUUAACGUUUGCAUCCGAUUUGGAUGGUUUGGGAUAUGAAUUCGAACAACUGGAACAAAAUCUUCUCGGUGUUGGUAAUAGAAGUCAGUACAAGGUCGUCAAAACAUCUCUCUGUACCCGCGAAAUACAAUCGUGUCAGGAUACACCGAAAACUGCCAGUGGAGUGUACCGGAUACAUCCGGAGCUGUCGUCCAUCCCAUCGUUUCCCGUUUAUUGUGAUCACACUGUGGAAAAUGGUGGUUGGACUGUGAUACACCGACGUUUCGAUGGCAAAUUGAACUUCAAUCGAAAUUGGGAUGACUAUCGGCGAGGAUUUGGAAAUCUGCAAAGUGAAUACUGGUUGGGAUUGGAAAAGAUGCACCAGAUCACUCGAAAUGAUAACUACGAGCUACUGGUGGUUAUGACAAGCUUCAAAGGUACGACGAAAAGUGCUCGUUACAAUCGAUUCAUGGUGGGUAGUGAGUUUGAAAAUUACAAACUCACCGUAGGUCAAUUCAUAAGUGGAGAUACUGAUGAUGAAUUAUCUCACCAUGAUGGAAAUAUGUUUAGCACUAAGGAUCGCGAUAACGAUAAACAUGAAAAAAGUUGUGCAGAAAUCUAUAAGAAUGACAUUCUAUUCCCGCCCUUCGGAAAUAUCUUCUCGUCGUCCAACCACUUCCAGGCGUUCUGGAGUAUCGAUGUUUGA